AUGAAUAGUAUUAGCAAAGUGCGGGCAGUGCUGUUUUCGCUCGUGUUUUCUUCGGUACACUGUGAACCUGGCACCGCCCCGGUGGAACCCUUCCCGGAACCCGUCUGCGGCCAGAUUGCACAGAUGCUGGACAGCUGUUUUCACAACUCCACACCCAACAUAGCGGUCGAGCUGCUGUACAGCGUACAGAUCCCCGAAACCAUCGAGCAAAUCAGCGGCCGGUGUUUACUGUUCAACCGGGGCAUGGAGUGCGUGCAGCGCUAUCUGGAUGUUUGCGUGGAAACCAAGGAGCGGUCGCUCAUCGACAACGAAGUGUACGGUGCCAAGCGAUUGUACGAGUUCCUGUGUCAGGACCGAUCGUUUCAGCAGGAAUUCCUCUGGCACAAGGGUUGCUUCCGGCUCGUCCACCAGGAUCUGGACGAAUGCUCCAAAAGCUUUCUCGCCAUCCUGAAGGAGGAAGUCUCGAAAGCGGCACAACAAUCGUUCAACCUCCAGUACAUGCACUUCUGCUGUGCCCGGUACGCGUACGAGAACUGCGUGUUCAACAGCGCCCGGUACAAGUGUAAGCCCGAUUCGGCCAUCUUUCUGCGCCGUAUCGCCAAGCUGCUGUCCACGGAUCGACGGUUUUUGAACUGUGAUAAAAUUGAAAACGAAAUCUGCUCCUCAUCGUGGAUGGCGACGCCUGCUAGCCAGUGGUUGUCAGUGUGGUUACCGGUGUUGAUUGGUCUGGCCCGUCUGGUACGCUAG